CAUCUUUCAUCCUUUCCAGGUAGUAGUCUAUUGUAAUUUUUUUCUUGUGGGUGAUUUCUUGUUCUGUUAGAGUGUUAGUAAAAUUAAUGAUGACACCUGAUGAGUGCAGGGAAAAUUUGAUUUCUUGCAAAAGGCGGUUAACAGAUGCUUUAGCAAUUCAAGGAAAUGAGAAAAUAUACUGGGCGAACAUGAAAGCCUGGUUCAAGCAACAGAUAUCAAAAGAAGAAUUUGACAUUGAAGCUCGUCAGAUGCUGACAAAGGAGACAACUCAUUUACAUAAUGAAUUCUUACUAGCUGUGCUAACAAAGUGUCAUGCUGUGGGAUCAGUUACAGGUGUUAAAGACACAUCAACAACUCUGUCAACAAAAGCUAAGAAAAAUAAAAGAAAAAUGCAAGCUAUCAAAAGAAAGUUUGAUAAUCGUUUUGUACAAGCUGUUCCAGCCAGCCUACCGCCAGCAAGAAAUAUCCAGAAGGAAAAUAAACAGAUGUUAAGUCGUAACAAAUCGAUGUCAAAACAAAAAGAAAUUCCAAAGCAAAUUGUGUUUUGCUCAAGGUCUUUAGAAAUACCUGGAAUGUUGGAAAUGAAUGGUCGAGUUGCUGUUAUAACUUGGGAAAAAGGCCUUGAUGAUUUUUCCGAUGAAGUUUCCCAACUUGUAAUAAACGCUAUUUAUACUAUUUUGAAAAAUAUAAUAGCAGAUAUUUGUUCAAGAAGAUCGGCUUACAAGGUACGAAGUACUGAUUUCAGACAUCAUAUCAGUUGUACACCUGAAAACCCAUAUCUUCUUCAAGAUGCACCUAUACCUUCACUGUUUGGAUCUCAAAAAUAUAAUAGUUCUUCAUUGUCAAGUAAACCAACGUAUGGACGAAGGCGAACAGAUGGCAAUCAAAACAAGCGUCUUAUACCAUCUCAUUCUGUAUAUGGAUUAUGCAUGGAAAGAUUACUCUCAAGUUUAUGGCACCCUGACCAUGAUGAAAUAGAACAAGACCACAACUUCAAUAAGCUCGUAAGCACUUCUGAGCAGAUGGAAAACCAUGUAUGAGAGAAAACAAUAGACACAUGUAAAAUGUACUGCUCCUCGGUAGAGUGUGAACAUUGGCGAUAUGAGGUGAAAUUAUGGAGACUGAACUGGAAGAUCUCUGGCUGCUUCUGGAAUUUCUUCCAAACUGUCUAUUUUGGGGUAAAGCCACACAGUCCACUGAUCGGUUUUUUGUUUCACUGAAAACACGGCGUAUUGAAGAUUCCAUCUGAAAAAAAAAACAUUGACAAUAUAUUGCAUAUGCAUUAUAUUGAUAUUUGUUAUAAAGACAAUAUAAACAAAG